CCAUGCAGCACUCAGCCAUGGUGAGAUGCCGGAAGUUCAGCAUCUCGGUCAUCGCCCUGCUCGCCCUCGUCAUCAUCAAAAUUUUCAUAGAAUUGAAUUACCCUCCUCUCAGACUCUCUGACCCAUCAUCUAUUUCCCCAGAAUCUGACAGUAAUCCGCUGACCAUGCUGGAGCCCUUACAAGGCGAUGAGAAGUCCACCUUGGCUGCCCUUCAUUCCUUGGCACAGAACAUGAAAAAAGUGUUGCCCGCGUCUGGAGCCUAUUGGAAUAGUGAGCAGCUUCAGUUACUGGACGCAAAGAGGCCACGGGCAUGGAUGUGCAACAAAUCCACCCCGCGGGUCAAACCACCCGAGUCAUAUCCAGAACUCUUAUUGAACUUUCUGUCUCAGGAUCAAUGCCGAAACCAUAAAAUGAUCAUAAACCAGCCAGACAAGUGUCCGCUUAAUAGGACUUUUCUUCUUUUGGCCAUCAAGUCUUCUCCACAGAACUUUGCCCAGAGACAGGCAGUAAGGGAUACCUGGGGGGCAGAGAAAAACUAUGGUGGCAAGUAUGUUAGAUUGGUCUUCCUCCUGGGCAUAGUGCCAGCACUUGAUCUAUCUCCUCUUUUGGAGUACGAGAACAGCCGUUCACAUGACCUUCUUCAGUGGGACUUUGCAGACACCUUCUUCAAUUUGACGUUGAAGGACCAGCUCUUUUUGGGGUGGGCGAGGACCUAUUGUGCUAAAGCCACCUACAUACUAAAAGGGGAUGAUGAUGUCUUUGUCAGGACGCCCAACAUAGUGCAGGUUCUGUCGUUACUGAGCAGCCAUAGGCGUCACUCACUCUAUAUGGGACACGUUGUAAAGCUAGCCAAACCCUACAGAGAUCCUCAAAGCAAAUACUACAUACCUAUAUCUUUCUAUAUGGGGAUAUAUCCACCUUAUGCUGGAGGAGGAGGGUAUGUGUUUUCUGGAUCUCUCACCCCAUGGCUUUACCUGGUGUCCCAUUUUGUGCUUCCUUUUCCAAUUGAUGAUGUCUACACUGGAAUGUGCUUUAUGGUCCUGGGUGUGAAACCAGUUGGACACCCUGGAUUUAGGACAUUCAGUAUGCCAAAGAAGGUGAAAUCAUCAAGCUGCACUGAGAAGAACCUCCUUUUAAUGCAUCAAAAAAGUCCUCAAGAGAUACUGAAGAUGUGGGGGGAGGAUGAUGAGGAGACACCGACACAGCAGUGCUGAGACCGGUGCCUUAUUAUAUACUGAACUUCACUUUGCCAGUGCCUCGACCUAAAUGCCCUUUCUUGCAAAAAUGUUAUGGAGUAUUAGAGGAGAUGCAAUGGCCACAAGCUUAGCUCGUUUUACAAGUGAUUUGGGUGCAUGGUUCACUGCAGGCUUCUCGGUCUCCACUGCCAGUAUGUCUUCUGUAGGUUACCUAUAAAAAGGGUUUUAUCUAUUCUAAAUGUUCACUGAAAUUUAUGUUGAAAUAUACACCAUCCUACAGUAUCAUCCUUAUUAAUUAUCUGAGAAUUUGCCUUUAAAGGAGCUGUCCUGGUAUUUAAUAUUGAUGACCUGUCUUCAGGAUAGAUCAUCAAUAUCUGAUCGGUGGGGUCCGUCUUCCAGGACCUUCCCCAAGAUCAGCUAUUUGAGGAGGCCUCUUCCUACGACAGUGACAUCACAUUCAUCGGUCACAUGGCCUAGGCCCAGCUCAGUUCCAUACAAGUGAAUGGGGCUGAGCUGCAAUUCCAGCACAGAUUCUAUACAGUGUACAGUCCUUUGCUUGGUAAGCAGUGGAGAAGACCGCAGGGCCCACCGGAGCACCAUGGUCUCUUGAAACAGCUGAUUGGCGGGUGUAGGACACCCCCAUCGAUCGGGUAUUGAUGUCCUAUCCUGGAGGAUAGUUCUCUAAUAUUAAACACCC